AAUCGGUCGAAAUGCAAUUUCUGUCCAUUUUCCGGUAAUACUUCCAAUGCUCUGAGUGGGAGUUAGUAUGGAGAACGUAGAGGAGCUUUCGAAUCUCUCAACGCAUCAUUGCGUGCUCCUGGCUGCCCAAUAUGCCACAGAAUCCAACAUCAGCGCAUUGCGGACACUCACUGCAAUACGGAAAGACGACUUGGAGUUUGGUUUGAUACUACGGCUCCUCCUCGCCUUUCUUCCCGAAGCCCUAGAACCCUCACGAUACACCUUGUACCUCAGUGAGCUCGCUACAAACUCACGGACGUUCGAGGAUACCCCACUCGACCUCGCGGCCGUUCACGAGUUAUCGGAGACCCAGUCUAGGAAAAAAGCAAGGAAGCUGCAUGCGCUAUUACAACCUCUGGCGCAUCCAUUAUAUAAGUCCGAGACUGAACUCGACCCGUUUUCCCACUUCCUGAUCCAUCGUUCGCAUCGAAUCGACGCCGAAACGGGGCUUCUCGAAUUCGUCCCCCAACUGGUUGCCCCCUUCCUCCACCAUUCGACCUACCUCCGAACCUGGUUUGUCUCGACAGUUCUACCACUUCUCCGGUUGGGUUACGAAUACUACCCCCAGCAGCAGGCGCCGUCACUCGACACUUUUGCACAGUGGAAGGGGAAACAGGCAAUUGGGAGGUUGCUUUGGAAUCUGCGAUGGAAGCGGAAACCUGGAAGUGAUACAAGAGACGUCGGGAGGGACUUGCGAGGCAUAGUGGGGCCGUGGAUGUGCGGGAGCCAUGAUAGGAAAAGACGGGGUCUCGAUCCGUCAGAUCGUCGGCUGUCGAUGGACGCAAACAACCAGGAAGAGCCAGAUGACUGGGAAGCCCUAUUUGAAUGGCUAGUGCAUACAUCAAAGGAUGAAUUCAGCUUGACUUCAUCCGCUUUCACAAAGUGGGAUGGGCCGGACGAUAUUGACUUCGGUGGCUUUGACGAGGGCCAGAUCUACUUGGACGACGCUCGCCGGAGUGAACUGGAACGCAGAUAUGUACAAGCGGGUUUGGCUAGCAUCUAUAUCGUCAACGAUACCAGUCAGGAGACCAUACUCAAGGCUAACUCUGUUCUUGCACGGCUAUACAGCCUUCUCAGAAUGGACCCACACCAGCUGACCGUCGGUGUGGAAUCCUUGCCGAGAUAUGACUUUACCAGCCCAGUCUCUCAUGAAUCUCCGAGCAGUAUCCUCCAAGAAGGCAGCCUCCUUCAACCGGGGAAUCACAUCACACGGCCCGGAGAAGGUGCUGUCCGUUUGGCAGAGCACUUUAUAUUCUCGGCGCACUUGCUUUCGAACCUGCACUAUUCGCUGUCGGUGCGGGAGCUGGCUAGGAUGUAUCUAAGGAGCGGCCAGGCGGAACAGCUCCUGCUGGUACAGAAGCUCAUCCACAACCUUACCCGUAACGGAUCCAAGAUGGACGCCACACAGUGGAAGAAGAUUAGGACAACACUUCUCUGGCUGUGGGACUGGGGGACAACGAAUCGCAAAGGCGACCGUCAGGCACAAGGCAUUAUCGGUAGGAUCGAUAUUCAGGCUCUGGAGACGGAGAUCCUGAAGGCGUUUCUGGAAAACAGCGAAUUCCCCCUCGUGGUCCAGACCUAUCUGCAACCAGCACAAAGCCCUCUUCCUUUACCGGAUGUCGAAAAAAUCAUCCUAGGCGCUGCAAUGAACUACUACGACAAUGCUAGCAACGGCAAUCGAACCAGAGGAGGUAUGAAGCGGGCGUCGGAUCUGAUUGCGGCGAUGAAACCUCACUUUCCCAACUCUACGCGAUUUCAACGAGCCGAGGCUUUGCUAUCUGCAACGCACGCAAUGUCGUUCUACUCCCUCACACUGCAACAUGGCGUGCCAUUCCAACCUGUCAAUAUCCGCGUCAGUGCUGAUCCACUGUCACUUUUGCAAAGGCUGCUUUCACAGAAUCCGAGCAGCUACACCCAUCUGGACGACCUCAUCUUCAUCGGCCAGAACCUUGUCCUAUCGAAACCUUCCACACUCAUGGACGACACGGCGGACGAUACUGAAACGACUCCCUCCGCAGACCAGAAGAAGAAGGCCGCCACCGAGCGCCGAGUCAUCGCCAUGGCGAUCGAAUCCGCCCUCGACAACGACGACUUCGAAACCGCAUAUUCCUACGUGAUGAACCGUCUCUCUCCUCCAUCGAACUCGCCACUUGCAUCCCCGGUCCUUUCAAUUUCGUCCUACCGCUUCUCUUUCGGCUCUCACGACUCCGAUGACCACACUGGAGACGACGUAGACGACGUCUCCUGGCGCGCAGCUCUCCGUGCAGGUCGCUACCACCCCUCCCUCUCCAUCUCUGGGACAUGGUCCACUUCUUCCUCGUUAACAUCGCGACCGGACCUCCGCUGGCUAGAUCAGCGCAUGGACCUGCUCUCCCAGGCCCUCCUCCUUGCGCCACCAUCCCGCCUCGAACAAGUCCUCUCCGAGUGGCAACAAUGCGAGAAGGAAACGGAGGCUAUACUCGAGAAAGAAGCACAGGAGGAACAACGCUUCAACGACUUUGCGGAUCGCAGAUUACCCGGCGCUUUCGCGGGGGAGACGGUACCCGGCGUGCAGCCCCGACGCGAGGUCGGGAGGCGGGCCGUCGAGGAGGCGCCCAUGGGUCUGUUCGAUGUGGCGAGGGGAGCGGCGAAGGCGUUUUCCAAGACUGCGUUUCCGCUUCGAGGGAUAGCGGGGGGUGGUGCAGGUAAUCAUCAUAGGGCAGGAGGUGGUGCGAGUGACGGGAGGGUGUCGGUGGAUCUUUCAGAUUCGGGGGGUAUAGGGGGUGGGUCUACUGGGGGAGGAGGGGAGGGGAGGACCAGAAGGAGGGAUAUGGUUGCUAGUGCGGUGACGGGGGGGUUGGCGAGUGGGAUUGGGUGGGUGCUGGGUGCGACGCCAGUGCAGGAUCGGGAUCGAACGUAG